AUGCUUCUUUUUUUUCUGUAUUGUCCAAAUAGUUAUUAUGGUCGUGAUUGUAUUCAUCGAUGCUCAUGUCAAAAUGGAGGAAUAUGUGAUUCACGUGAUGGUCAUUGCUUUUGUUUAUCUGGUUUCACAGGUAGUCGAUGUGAAUCUUCAUGUCCAGAAAGUACCUUUGGACAUAUGUGUUUGCAAAAAUGUCAAUGUACAGGAGAUAAUAUUUGUCAUCCACGAACAGGAGAAUGUAAUUCAUUAUCUUGUAAUGGGGAUUCAAAAUGUUUAGUGGAACAACAAAGAAAAAAAUCUUUAAUAUCUUCAUGUCCAGAAGGUUAUUAUAGUCCACCUAAUUGUCGUCAAAAAUGUAUGUGCAUGAAUAAUGCUCAAUGUGAACCAUUAUCAGGUCGUUGUCUAUGUCAUUCAGGACAUGCCGGACGAUAUUGUGAACGAUCUUGCGAACGUGGUUGGUAUGGCCCUGGAUGUAUUCAUCGAUGUAAUUGUCAUCAUGGAGCAACAUGUGAUGGGCGUACAGGAGCUUGUCUCUGCGGAAUGGGUAUAACAGGAAAAUUAUGUGAUCAAGAAUGUCCUGAAGGAACAUUUGGUCGCAAUUGUUCAGAAAUAUGCCAGUGUAAAAAUGGUGCUCAAUGUAAUAAAAAUACAGGUUGUUGUGCUUGUUCUAUUGGAUAUUAUGGUUCGACUUGUCAGUUUGAUUGUCGACCACUUACAUAUGGAUAUUAUUGUUCUCACACAUGUAAUUGUUCAACAGAAACAUCAGAUGGUUGUGAUUCAAAAACGGGUAAAUGUCAAUGUAAACUUGGUUUUCAUGGUGAUCGAUGUGAAAUCACAUGUCCAACAGGACAAUGGGGUUAUGAAUGCUUAAAUAAAUGCGAUUGUAAUGGAAAUUCAUGUAAUUCUCAAACAGGUAUAUGUGAAUGUCCAGCUGGUCGAACUGGUGUUCGAUGUGAAGAAGAUUGCCCACCAAAUACCUAUGGUAUUGGUUGUAAACCAUGUUCAUGUCAAUCAUUUCAAUUAUGCGAUGUUGUAACAGGCGAAUGUAAAUGUCCAUCAGGUUGGAAAGGUGAUGCUUGUCAAUUUCCAUUAACAGCAAAUGGACCUGAUAUGCCGGAUAGAGGCGAUAUGUAUAAGAAAGAUACUUAA